AUGGAGCCAGGACUUCUUUUCACUCCUCCAUCUUCAAAUAAAGCUCGCAAAACUCUGCUUGCGUUAUCAGGCAUUCUUGGUGUGCUUUGUGUAAUCUCAGUAGUUUCUUAUUGCAACCAGCCUUCUCUAUCAGCUUCUGCAACAAAGCAAUAUCAGUUCGAAGAACAAGAAUUCCAAGACUACAUGAAAAGAUACCACAAGCAGUAUACCCCUGAAGAAUAUGAGAGCCGCUUCUAUAUAUACUUUCUAAAUAAAUAAGUACUUUUAAAUAUAUACUAAAUGGCCUUAUAUAAUCUGCUUUAUUAUUCCUAAUUUUUCUAUUAGAAAUUUAUGAAAAUACAGUAUAUAUUAUAAAAAAAUAAAAAAAUAGCAAAAACAGCUUAUUUUCACUCAAAAUUCUGCCUUUAUUCGCAUCCACAAUUCCCUCAACAAAUCCUGGACACUAGGCUACAAUGAAUUUACAGAUCUUUCCCCAGAAGAAUUUAAAUCAAUUUACUUACAAACCACACCAGCCCCUAGAAUCCCAGCAAAGCCUUUAUCUUCUUCUUUUGAAAAAUCACUGAAAAUCCCGCUAACUAUCGAUUGGAGAACACAAGGAGCUGUUACACCUGUAGGAAACCAAGGAUCUUGCAAAGGAGGCUGGGCAUUUGCAGCAGCGGGCGCUAUUGAAGGAGUCUGGAAAAUCGCAGGAAAUCCUUUAGUUGCCUUAUCAAAAGAGCAGCUUGUAUCUUGCUCAUCAUCUUAUGGAGCCGACGGCUGCAAUGGUGGACUUCCAGAACAAGCUUUUGAGUACGUAAUCGGAAAUCCUGGACUUGCUAGCGAUAAGGUCUAUCCUUUUAACUCCGGAAACGGAAUUGUCAACAACUGUGUACCUACCUUAGCAAGCCAAACUGCAGCCUCUAUAUCAGGAUAUGCAAAUGUCGCACCAGUUGACGAUCCUGCAGCUUUGAAAAACAAUAUUUAAAUUUUUUUUUAAAAAUCAAAAAAAAUAAAAAAAAAUUUUUAAAAAAAAAUUCAGCUUUGAUAGCCGCCAUAACACAGCAGCCUAUUGCAGUUGGUGUAGAAGCUGAUCAAUAUGUAUGGCAAUACUAUAAGACUGGAGUUAUCACCAAUAAUUGUGGAACUAAUAUUAACCAUUUUGCGUUGGUUGUAGGUUACAAUAAUUCAGCCCAAGUUCCUUAUUACAUUGUGAAGAACUCAUGGGGUGCUAAUUGGGGAAUGAGCGGGUACUUAUAUAUUGCAAUUGGAAGUGAUACAGGAGUUUGCGGAAUCCAAAUGCUUUCGUCUUAUCCAACCUUAUAA